AUGUCUGAGAAGUUUGUUCAUGCUGUUUUGAAUCAUGGUGAGCAUUCUUCUGUGUUUCGUGUUAAUACUUUUAUCACCAUUGAUGAAUUGAAGCAUUUUGCCUGUAAGCAGUGGAGGUUUUUGUCCCCUUUGAGUAUACGGUUUUCCUAUAUGGAUACUAAUCAAGUAGUUUUUAUACAAGGUGAUAUACAACUUCAAGGUUUAGUUGCUCUUGUUAUUCAGAUGAACAAUGAAGAUUUCUAUUUGAAUGUUGAUGUGAUUCCGAAGCAUUCUGGUUGUAGCACUAGUUCAAGGUCUUUGUCUCGUUCUAAUUCUGGUUGUAGCAGUAGUUCUGGUGCUAGUAUUUCAAACUCUUGUGUACGUGAAAGUCCUAAGCUUGUAAGGGUGGUCGAUCAUGAUGCGGACAAGGCCAAGCCUCUCAUUAUCGAUAAAUGGCGUUAUGUUUUUGACAAUAUUGGUAGAGAAUUUGUGGGUGGUGUUAAAGCUGUAAGGAUUGCUAUUGAUCAGUACAAGAUGUGUAUUGGUUACAAGAUUCUUAUUCUUGAAAACGACAAGACUCGUUUUACCGAGAAGUGCGAAGAAGAUGGUUGUGGUCGGAGGAUUCACGUUGGUCCUGUGAAUGGUGACAUUUCUCGGUUUGUGCUGAAAGAUUCUAACGUUAUUCACAGUAUACAGGGUGAUCCCACUUUAAAACCCAAACAGAUCAUGUCACUCUUUAAGAAGACUUAUGGGUCCAAUAUUAAGUAUCACCAUGCCCGUAGAGGGAAAGAAGCUGUAUUUGAAGAUCAAUAUGGUGACGACGAGAAGUCGUAUAGCGAUUUAAAUUGGUAUCUCAGGCCCAUGAUUUACUUGGACGCUACUUUCCUCAUUGGUAGAUUCAGGGGUACUUUGAUGGCUGCAACAUGUGUCAAUGGAAAUGAUGGUUUUUACCCAUAUGCAUUUGCUAACAAUGACAAUUGGUUUUGGUUUCUGGAUAAUCUUCAACAAGUGGUCGAUGAUCGUCCGAUUGUUUUCCUUAGUGAUCGUCACGAAGGACUUCUGCAGGGCAUUCCAAGAGCAUUUCCUGGUUCAUAUCACAGCUAUUGCUUUUACCACAUCAAGUGCAAUCUCCCUAUUGGAAAAGGUGAUGCGAAUUACAAUGUCGUUAUUGAUUUGUUUUACAAAGCUGCUUACUCUUACACAGCAGCGAACUUUGAAGAAGCUUUGCGGGGCAUGCAUGCAAUUGGUUGUGGACAUGUUGCUAAUUAUCUCAGGACCAUUCCAAAGGAGAAAUGGGCAAAUGCAUUUUUCCCUGUAUGCAGAUAUGCUGCUCACUCUUCAUCUAUUGCCGAGUCAUUCAAUAACUGGAUUCUUGAGUUCAAAAAGCUGCCUGCUUUUGCUCUUCUCGAUGCGAUACGUUUGAAGGUUAUGCAGAUGAAUUCUAAGAGAAGGGUAGAAGGUCUUGAAAAUUUUAACACUAGGCUCACUCCCGUAUACGAGGAUUUACUAAACGAGAACAUCAACAUUGGUCGUACUUGGACUGUUGUUGAGUCUAUGGAAAGAUUGUAUGAAGUCAGGUCUCCCCGCACUCAUUCUGUAGAUCUGUUGGAGAGAACUUGUACGUGUCACAGGUGGCAAGUGGGUGACCCUUCAAUGCUCUCUUCUUAUUGA